AAAAUGUCGCUCUCUUGAGACGAAAAUCCGCCCUUGACGUUUAGUAAUCGUGAUAAUUAAGUAUUUACUCUGAGUGUUCAUCGGUUUGCUAAAUAGCUACAAAUGUAUCGAGCUUUGUACGAUUACAAGAGCCAGUUGCCACAAUAUUUGUCAUUUUUGGGCGGCGACAAGUUUACAGUUCUCGAUGGAUCCAGAAGCGACUGGUUGUACGCUCAGAAUGGAAUCGGACAGAUUGGCUACAUCCCCAAUAAUUAUGUUAUCAAAAUUGAUGCACCAUAUUCUCAAGUUAUGAAAUUCAUCGAUGGAUCAAUUGAAGCAAUUCAUCUUCAAGCUGCAAGUAAUGGGGGAAAUUACUCUCACAAGGAAAGGGAAAUUCUCAGGAAGCUGAUACAUCAUCGGAGCGUGGUGUCUGAUGGCAACAGGCUGUCAAGAGUGAAGAAGUCUUCCUCUACCCCUGAUGCCCGGGCUUCCUCGGCUAGACGGAAGGCUCCACCCCCCACCACAGGAAUAUACUGGAUGGUCAUGUGUGUAGAUGUUCAGCUGAUGUAUGUCACCCAUCUACAGGCAGAUCAGGUUCAGGAGGCAGAUCAGGUUCAGGAGGUGGGCAGUAGGGAUGCAUCAUUAUGUCAGUUAGAUGGUCAUGUGUGUAGAUGUUCAGCUGAUGUAUGUCAGUUAGAUGGUCAUGUGUCUACAGGCAGAUCAGGUUCAGGUUCAGCUGGUGUCACCCAUCUACAGGCAGCAGGUCAGGAGGCAGAUCAGGUUCAGGAGGUGGGCAGUAGGGAUGCAUGUCAGGGAUGCAUCAUUAGAUGUUCAGCUGAUGUAGAUGGUCAGGUUCAGGAGGCAGAUCAGGUUCAGGAGGUGGAUCAGGGCAGUAGGGAUGCAUCAUUAUGUCAGCUAGAUGGUCAUGUGUGUAGAUGUUCAGCUGAUGUAUGUCUACAGGCAGAUCAGGUUCAGGAGAUGGUCAUGUGUGUAGAUGUUCAGCUGAUGUAUGUCUACAGGCAGAUCAGGUUCAGGAGGUGGGCAGUAGGGAUGCAUCAUUAUGUCAGCUGGAUGGUCAUGUGUGUAGAUGUUCAGCUGAUGUAUGUCACCCAUCUACAGGCAGAUCAGGUUCAGGAGGUGGGCAGUAGGGAUGCAUCAUUAUGUCAGUUAGAUGGUCAUGUGUGUAGAUGUUCAGCUGAUGUAUGUCUACAGGCAGAUCAGGUUCAGGAGGUGGGCAGUAGGGAUGCAUCAAGACUGGAGGUGAUAUUCUCAGAACUCACAUCAUGUAAGGACGACUCUCAACAACGAAGCUGGGCUCUCCACGAGGAUGAGUCAAUCAUCAAGGAGUACCUCCAGGAACUACUUUCCAUAUUGGAAAAUGCCAAGCCUUCAAUAUGCAGGAAAGCUAUUGCUCAAGAUAACUAUGAAUAUGUACAUAACCUGGUGCAAUAUUACCAAAUGGAGACCCGACUGAGUAUUCGGUUGCUGCUGCUGAAGGUGUUUGGGGCUAUGAGCGGCCUGGACAAGGUGGCGAUCACCAUGCUUCUGUUCUCGGUCCUGCCUCUCGAGCUGGGGGAGGACAUUCAGAGCAAGUCCGAUGAUGUCACAAGAUUGUGCUAUGUGUCUCUAGUCAUGGCAAUGUUGUUUUCUACAGGGGAGCAUGUACCUGCUAAUAUUCAUGAUCACCUGAACCAGUCUUUCAUUUCUCACGUCCUUGACCUGAUCGAGACCCCUCCAUCCGUGGAGCAUGAUGAACAGGCCACGGACAUGCUCAUCACCUUGAUCCUUGCAUUUAAUCUGCACUUCGAGGAUGUCAGCCACAACAUCGUCAUUCAGUCCCUGUGUGAACAGCAGAACGCCAAGACACUCACUGAGAAGCUGAUGCUGCUCUUUAACAGAGGAGAUGACCCUGUCCGCAUGUUUGAGCACCUGCCUGAACCUCCCCACUCUGUGAUAAAGUUUAUGCAAGACCUGUAUAGUUGCCCUGGCACCGCCAACCUGCUCUACACCAACGACGCGAUGGUCCUCAUCGACAUCAUCAUCAGACAGCUAGCCAACCUGUCUGCAGGAGAUCUGACCCGAACAUCCUACCUGGUCCUGACCAAGCUAGUGCUGAAGAAUUCCAACUACAAGGAGUUCUACCACCGCCAGGAGGAACUCUUCUACAUCCUAAGGUCCAUCGCUGACGAGGAGGCGGAUGUCCCCGAGGACAAGGAGCUGUGUACCCUGAUCCUGCUGGAGAACGACCAGACUCUCAACCCUACCUGAGUCCCCAUCAGGCCCUCGGGGUGGAGGAGAGCUGGCUGCGGGGGUGGGACUUGGCCACUCAGGGACGAGGUCUGAGCAAUAGUGAUGACAGUGACGGAUGGCCAUUCUCACCUGUAUUUGCUGUCAAGACUUCAAACCUUCAUCUGACAUUAGCCUGCUGGAUGAUCCAAUAUGGAUGUUAUCUCUCACAAUUUGUAACAUUUUGUUCAGCAAGCUCAGCUCUGUUACUGCCUUAUUCUGCUGUGAGGCUGGGAAGUAUUUUUUCCUAAGAUAGUUUGCUCAAUGCUUGCACUGUGGAUACAGGGGUUGCAAGAUACAAACUAUAUUUGAAGUCAAUGUGUUGGCAAAAACUACCAGCUUCAUAUACUCAUGGAAACGAAUAAGGGAACACAUGAAAGUACAAGUGUUCCUUUAUUCUUUUCCAGGUUCCUUCACAAGGUAUGCAUUGCACUGUGAGUGAAAUUCUGGAAAUAAAUAAAGGAACUCUUGUACUUUCAUGUGUUCCUUUACUUGUUUCUAUGAGUAUAUUAACAAAAUGUGAAAUCCUGAAUCUUAUUGCAUAAAAAUGGAAUAUGGAGGCAAAAACAAUACAGAGUACAUCCACUAGGAGAGAAUACAGCUGUUUCAUAAAUUAGUACCAUGAUUUUCAGUAUCAUGUAAUAUAUGCUAUUGACUUAUUGAUAAAAUAUGAAAACUAGCAAAGAACAAUGCUGUGCCACAGGUCACUCGGUGACAGAAGCAUGUUCUUUGAACAGACAAUAUAAAUAUUCCUUAUUCUAAACAGGCCAGGUAUUGUCCCUGCUGGCUGGUUAGUGUUGCGGCGACCGGAUCAUCUGUACACGGUCAACUAGGGCUGGGUAUCUGCUAAUGACUGUUAGGUCAUGGUGAACAGGGAUGGAAUUAUGGAAAUGUCAGGGAACUUUCCAGGUUCCAUACGAGCCUUGUUGAUGUUUAUAUAUGCUCUACCUGCCAUAUUGUCAUAAUGUGCAAUCUUAGUGUAUAGAAUGUCUUCGUUCUGAUGUGUGUCUACAGUCUGCUCAUCAGGCUUCUCAGACUUGAAUGUUAUAUGGGCUUUCACCUUCUUUUUCUCAGGAGGAUCUUUGUUUACCCCUAUCUCGUAAGGUCAGAUCUUUUACUUUGAUGGGAUACCUCUCCUUGCGAAGAUAUAAGGUCAUGUUAUAAAUAGGACAACAAGGAUUCCUGAUUCUCAGUAUGAGCGAGUGAAACACUAAGACUUACCUUUCUUGUUUCUGUAUUUUGUAAACAAACUUAAUGACCUUUCGAAAAUGUUUAUAAUGAAGAUUGUGCAAGUAUAUUUUGUAGAUAAUACUACUUGUUAUUUCUGAGCUCUGUGGCUUGUACACCCGGAACUAAGCA